AUGAACCAUCUGAAUCAACUGAAACUGAACUCGUCACGUGGUGGUUGCUUGAAUGUGACGAAUAGUAAGCACAAUACUCUAACCAAUCCCAAUUCAUCAGCCACAUCCAAGCAGCAACAAUCCAAUCAAUCCAAUAAUCCCUGGUUGGAAUAUUUGAAACUCUCUGUGUUUGUCGACGGUUUCUGUUGUCAUUGUGGAGAUUUUUCUUCGUCAGAAGAGUGCGAAGACAAACCAACAACAACGGAAACGAAUUCUAAUAGUUACGUAGUAGCAAACCACCAAAUGCCUUCCAAAAAGAACAAGUCCAAUAAAACAAGGGAUUGGACAAGAUGGAUAUCUUCGUCUUUGGAAUCUUUUUCCUACUCUUCUUCGAAUCAGCAACAACAUGAUCAACAUAAACCCAAUAAGCUACCACAACAUGAAUUACAAUUACAGCACGUGCAAUCAUUGCCAACUCCACCACCAUCUCGCCGCCAUCACAGCAAGCAAGACAAAAAUUUGAAAAAGACACACGGCCUUGGCAGAUCCUCUAGUUAUGCUUUGAAACGAACUGGGACUUUGAAUCCCCCGUUCUCGGAAUUUGACAUUCAAGAUGCGAACGACUAUCAUCAUGACGAUGAUUCCGAAGCCGGACUUGAAAUCAUCAUGAGAAAAUAUGAGCCACCACCACGACCAAUUGAAACAUCACGAAAAUUGGACAAAAAAGUCUCCUUUUCGGAGAUUCAGAUUUUUGCGUCUACUACCGAAUCCUUGUCGCCCUCGUCGUCCCUCACAUCAUCCGAAGCUGGUUAUCACUUCCAAGACUCUCCGCGAGAUCCACCACCGCAUAUUACAACGACUUCUAUUGAUGCCUUUGAAGCCAACAAACCUACAGAUCCCAAUCCCAUACCUUAUCAUAUGCGGUUCGCACGACCACCGCCCGAACUAUUGGUCCCCAAGGAAGACUUGCGACGUGCCUCGAGCUUGAUGGAUGACGAUGAGUCUAGAAUGUCAGCGACGACUCCAACCAAACAGCGAAGUGUCAAAUGGAAGCCAUUUUCUCGAUUUGGUACCUCCUUGAAGAACAAAAAGAACAAAAAGACGAUUCGGAAAAGCAGAAAACAACGAUCUCAAAACAACAUUCGAGUCUUGGAUGCCACGGAUCCAAAAUAUGCCAAGCACAUCAACAUGGCGGGGAUUGUAUCUAGAUCCAGAGAUUCUAACUAUGAAGGUAUGUAUUGA